AUGGAAGGAACGAGCUCCCAUGUGGCUUGUUUUUCCAAAGCCCAAAUUUCCUCAAUCAUAGUUAUUCUUCGGUCAAAAUCAUUUAAUGCUUUUGACACAGAUUUGGACUUAGAUUUGAUCUUAGAGAAGAAGGAUGGCCAAGAAGAUAAUGCCAUUAUGAAACAAGUAGAUAAUUCGAUGGAGUUGACAAUUGGUGCAAAAAAGAAAGUGAUGCAUUCGAGUAAUGGCCACUCAUAG